AUGAACACGGGCAACCCGGACGCUCGUCGUCAACACCCAUCGCCCCUGGGAAUCGUGAAUAUGAUCUCUCGUUCGUCGUUUCCGACCGUCGAAUCGUACCUCGCCCUCUCGCUGCUCAUCGCCUUCGUCUCCGCAGUGACCGUCUUCACGACGUUCCGAUCGCAGCCCGAGCUUCAAAAACUUCUCGAGGAGGAGAUUCGCAACAACACGCGGCUUUCGACGGCCUACGGACUCAACAUCGAAGCUCUGUCCAGCCAGACCUUCUUCCAAAUCGCCCACUACAUCUUAUCCGACUCGACACUAAUCUGGGUAAGAACUGAAAAAAGAGUUUUGUGAAUUCUGUAUUAUGAUUUCAGGUGGCUAUAAACUCGUACUUUGCAAUACUUGCCGUGUGCACAAAACUAAUAAUCAAAUUAACCUUCAAGGAGCUUACUCGACAAGAGGAUAACGUCGCCCGCCAGUCGUUUUUCUCUUUUUUUCUGCUAACGUAAGCGAGUUUCGACAGUUUCCCUUACUACUUACUUACCUAGUUACGUAGUAAAGAAAGUUAUUUUAGAAUAGUAUACUUGUCAGUCGUGACAGGACCGCAGAAAGGAGGGCAUCGGGUGGUACCGUGGAUGAUUUGGGCCGGAAUCUGCGGAUUUCAGUCCCAUUUGCAAUUCGUCACGUGUCAACGACUCAAAUAUGUUGGUCCCCGUGCUCAACAUCACCGUAAUCAGCCUCUCUUUUCCAGAUUUCGCCGUCAUGUGACCGUGGAAGCCAGAAGAUGUCGUUCCUGUCACUCUUCCUGUUCUUCGUCUCCAUCGCCAUGUCCUUCUUGGUCUCCCGUUUCCAGCACCAUCUGACGUGGCAGCAAGCCGUCCUUCUUUACUUCGAUGUCAGCUUUCCUCCACCACAUUCUUUCCUAUUUUUAUAUUUCAGUGCCUGCUUGCAUUGUUUCGCUCGACCUACAUCAUGUUCUGGUGCAUUUCCUCGUCGCGCGUCUUCUCGUUCAACCCCGACUCGGUGCGCCACUUCAACUAUUGGCUCGAGCUCGUCACCAACUUCGUCUGCGAAUCCAUUCAAAUGCUCAGCUACGCUCAACUGCUCAUCGUCGCGCCGGGCAUCAAUCUCACGAGCAUAUUCUUCCUUUACCACAUCAAACUGACCUACAACUGCAUGACGGAGCAGCUGAGCCGUCAUCGCAAUCACAAAAAGAUAUUCGAGCACAUCGAGACCGCCUACCCGAGCGUCAAGUGUGCGAACAGUGACGACAAAUGCGCGGUCUGCUGGGAACUGCUCGGCACUUCCCGCCGUCUACCGUGCAGCCAUCACUUCCACGACUGGUGUCUGAUGUGGUGGCUCGCCCAGGACUCCUCGUGCCCCAUUUGCCGAUGCUCCAUCCCAUCCCCGCAGGACGAGAUUCAACAGGCGGCCAACCAAGUCGCGAACAACAACGUCAGCAACACGACGUACCGAUUCGGCGGUCAGCAAUUCGCAUUCCUCAGCCUUCCCACGUUCACCAUCGAAAUAAACACGGGCCUCGGGCCACUGUUCGGAAGAGUUGUCGAGCCGACGGAAGAGCAGUUGCAGACGAUGUUGGAGCAGGUGAGGGAGAUGUUCCCGCAGAUGUCGACGGACACUAUCCUCGCGGAUCUGAGGCAGUCCGGAUCGGCUCAGUCUACAAUCGAGAACAUUCUCGAGGGACGCUUCGGACUGAACGCGUCGCAAUUCAUCCCCGGAAUCGGGUUGGAAGAAGAAAUGGAUGAAGAGGUUUGUGAAAAAGUUUUGAAACUAAUUAGAAAACGAAUUGGCUCCUCAUUUUGAGUAGGAAUUCACAAGAGCCGAGCCAAUUUCAGAGCGAAAACGAUAUAGAAUUUGAGGAGCCCGUGGAGAUGGUCCAAGAGCAAGAAGACAGUCGUCAGAGGACGUGGACGCGGCGAAGUUCAGACGACGACGAAGAGCUCUCGUACUUCGAAACGCAGAAGGCCAAAAUGAUCGAAACGUACCGUAAGAAGUACUUGGCAUCGGACAAGGCUGCUGACUUGAGAGCCAAAGGAAUCACCGAAUAA